GAAAUAUUUGUACGAGUCAAAGACUCUGUAUAUGUACAGAUGAAGGUGACCGUUAUUUUUAACAUUUAUUUCUGAUGAAAAAUGCCCUUUGCGGCAUAUUUCUUCACGGAUAUUUGGCGAGAUAUGAGAGGAUGAAGAAAAUGUGCUUUAUCUUCAAAGUGUUUACAUACAUUACAAAUUCUGCAAAUGCUGAGAUCUUUGAAAGAUGGUCUAUGAAGUCAAUAAUACAAGACUCAUGUGAUUCAUUAGGACUUCGACCAACAUACCACCGAAAAGCCAUUGCCUUCGUUAUGUUUAGGCCUCAGUAUUUGCAACCAAAUUUUCAUUCUUCAUUCUCAUUUACACGAAUGAGCCAAAUAAUAAAAAAGAAAAAUAACGAGUCGUUCAUCAUCUGAAGUUCCGCUAAACAAAAAUUUCGAAUAAUAUUCCAAUAGGAGCGAGGAAUAAAUGAAUGAUUCUGGUAACAUUCCUGUGAGAAUUUCGUAACAUCCUCCAACCAGAUGCUUCAUGACAAUUUUCAUCUAUCUUUAUUACUGUGAAAUACCCAAUCGCCGAUAUUUGCUUUCGAUGAAUAAUUAUGAAAAUUGUUAAAGAACAAUUGGCCUAGAUAAGUAUUAGUAUUUUCACCGAAUGAUAAUGAGAAAUGAACAAUUUCCGUUCCUACCCAAGAAUUCGUCACCAAGAUAGGAUAAAAAAUGGUUUUGGCUGGCACCUGAAGAAAAACGUUUCAUUUGAUUGCACGUCGUCAGUCGCGCAGAGAAGAAAAUUCGAGCUUCAGACAUGAUACUUAAAUGCUUUCUUCUUUUUUUGGUCAUUGUCGAUAACUUUAUAGUGGACUGUGUCGUUUCGAGUGCUUCUGGGAAAUAUCGUGUUCCGAUAGAAAUUAGUGUUGUGGAUGAUGAUAAUACUACGCAGGAUGCAGAAACUUUGACGAGAAUUUUAAGGAACAAGUAUCCAGCCCAAGAUCCAACAGAUAUCCUCUAUCCAGAAUAUUCGGAUGCCUCUUCUAACCUGUCAGAACAAAGAAAUAUCACGCAGCUAGAAGAAUUUCCCCAUCAUGACUUCAACGCUUCCUCAGAAGAAAUCAAUCGCACUACACAAAUCAACCUAGAGAUACCCGCAGUUUUGGAGUACGAUGAAGAAACUAACAGCAGCGAAAUACAAGAGUUGGAUAGGGUGGUUCAUUCGAAAUUAUUCACCACAUUACUCAAUCUCGAGGAAGACUACAACAUGAGCUUCGACAAGAUGGCGAAGAUAUUCGUGAAUGAAAAUGUAGAGAACAAUCUCGAGAAGAAAAGAAGAAGAAAAGAGAGGAAUGAGAAAACAAUGGAUGUUUACGCUGACCUAGAAGACGAUUUAGUUGAGUCUGAAUUCGUCAAGCAAGAGGUCAAAUAUAAGUCGCUUGGUAUAGAGCCCCUAGCUCUGAUUGUUAUACCAGAAGUGCAUACAAAACAUGAAGCUAGAGGAAUAACAACAACCACUCCAUCAUGGAAUGAAAGAAACGAGAGAACUGGUUAUUUGUUAGCCUCGGAUCAUGAUAUAGACAAAGCAACUUUUGUCGCCAAAAACAAGUCAGCCAAACAAAUAGAGCUUCAAGAAGACCUAACGAACAUCACACAUAUGGCAGCUUAUUUGAAGAAAACACCAGAAAAUACUGUUUAUUUGUUGCCACCACUAACGGUCGAAUUGGCAGAAGAUUCAACACUGCUCAUGAACGCCAAUGAGCGUCAAGAAAUACCUUUCGAAGUUACGAAUAAUCUAAAUAAUGCUGCAAGAGUAACUUUCACUGUGAGGGACGAACUAGGCAUUUUACUGGAAAUAGAUAGAUACAUAGCCAUCUUAGGACCACACGCGAGUACCACAGUUAGAGUGGCUGUCCUGCCCAAGUCUGGCCAGAGUUCAGACAGAAUAACUUUCAUUGCAACAGGAUCAGAGCAAGUCAGAAAAGAAGUUAUUGUCGAUAUAGAGAGCAACGACUACCGGUCCGAUACAGAUUCUCCUUUGGUUGACUAUACCUACACCAGCGACUGCACAGACGUUGUCCUUUCCAAGUGCAAAGAAGGAACGUGGACGAUCAAAAUUUCAGCGAAAGAUACAGAAUCUGGUCUCAAGCUUCUGACUACCAUACCUAAAGGACUCUACUUUCCUGAGGGAUACACUGCUGGCACGAGGGAGGAAGUGACAGGAAUUUAUAGUGAAUCUUGCUGUAAUGCAGAUCUUCAGAUCAUUGCUAUCGACAGAAUGAACAACAGAUAUGCCAGACAAAUAAAUGCAUAUAGGGCCCCCUUGAGCUUUUGGGCUGUAACUGCGAUCACUUUGGUUAGUCUGAUAUUCCUCACUAUCAUAAUAGUGUCAUCUCUGAUUUGCCUAAAAAAAUGCAAAAGGAGUGAGGCUGACAGUUUUGACUUGCCGACGUACAGAGGAGGUAGAUCUCGUUACUGAAAAUAUCAACGUAUUCAAAUUGUUUUAAUUUUUUACUAAGCUAUUUUAAUAAAUUUUUGACUGCCAA